GUUUCAUUUGUAUUAGUUCUCUCUCAUAAAUAAUACAAUUCCCAUUCUGUGUGUUUCAAAAUGAAGCAAAAGAUUUUUUUGAGGGUGCAGAUGAAGUGUAACAAGUGCAAGAACAAGGCCAUGAAGAAAGCAGCGGUUGCACCAGGUGUGAGCUCAGUAGCGAUAGAUGGAGAUAAGAUGGUGGUGACGGGAGAUGGAAUCGACCCUGUUAGAUUGACCAUUUCACUACAGAAAAAACUUGGUUAUGCCACCAUCGAAAGCGUGGAAGAACUGAAAAAAGAAGAGAAGAAAGAUGAAGUUAAGUUGACCUCAUUAGAAUCUGUCGUCUAUCCACAAUUUCCUGUUCGCAGCUCUUAUUAUAUUUAUGAUGAUUUAAACGCAAGCUUUUCCUCCAUCUUCUAAUUACGAUGUUAUUUAAUGCUCGAGAAACAUAUAAUUCAUACGUAUAACCACAAAAGUGGCUAUUUACAAAAAAAAAAAAAAAACACUCGCACACACGCACAAAUGCUUAUCAUAGAUGUAUAGAGUACAUCUUCUUCCUUCUUUUUUUUUUGCUCCCCUUGGAAUAUUGAGUACAUAUUUGAGUAGUUAAUAAUCAUGUAAUAUAUAUUGGUCUC